UCCCCUAAAUGGGCCACGAGGGUGGAUUAUUGCCAUGGCUCAUCUGCAUUCUCCCUCCUCCCGGUCCUCCCCCGCUCCUCCCCGCUCCGGUCCGCAGCGCAGCGCUGCCGGGGCUGCCCCAGCGCCGGGGAGCCGGGACCCGCGGCUGCCCAAGGAGAUGCCGCUGGAGGAUGGGGACCCGGUGAGGCCGAGGGGACAGAAGGUCAACGGUGAGGUCAGCGGUGUCCCCCGGCUCAGGGGGAUGGGGGAUCCUUCGCUCCGGGGUGCGACAGCGCCUGGUGGCAGCAGGACGGACACGAUGGCAGAGGAGCCGGGGCCAGCGCUGGGUGACGGGGACGUGACCCCCCGAGGAGCCUCACAGCGAGCAGGGCAGCCCGAGGAAGCCUUGAUGAGCGAGCUUUCGGAGCUGGUGCAGAAGGUGGUGAAGAGCAGCAGCUGGUGGGAGCGGCACGGUGUGGACAUCAGCAUCCUUGCCUGCAGCUUCCUCCUGCUCCCAGCAGGGUUCCUGUGCCUGCGGUCGGCCCAGACCGUCCCUUUCCUGGCGGGUGUCCUCAUCCUUGGUGUGGUGCAUCAUACCCUGACUGUCAAGGGCAGCCACCUGGCCAGCCACAAUGCCUUGACUGAGUCCAAGUCCUGGGGCAAAGUGUGGGCUAUCUUCUUCAUUGAGCUCUGCUCAGCUUUCACAGUUGAGCAGGCCACCUACAACCAUGUGAAGAUCCACCAUGGCUACACCAAUGUCAUCGGCCUGGGGGACUCCAGCACGUGGAAAAUUCCUUUCCUGAACCGCUACGUUUACAUGUUCAUCGCGCCUCUCGCAGUGCCCAUCCUGACCCCUCUGGUUGCUCUUGGUUUAUUGAGGAAUGUGGAGUGGAAAGCAGCUCUCCGGACCCUGUGCUGCAUGUUUCUGGGGUUUUACUGCCAUUACUGGCUCCUGCUCCACGUCUCGGGCUUCCAGUCACCGUGGUCUGCCCUGCUCUGCAUGCUGCUCACCCGCUCCCUCCUGGCCCAUCCCUACAUCCAUGUCAACAUAUUCCAGCACAUUGGCCUCCCCAUGUUCGCGUCUGACCGCAAACCCAAGCGGAUCCACCUGAUGAGCCUGGGUGUCCUCAACCUGCCCCACAACGCCCUCCUCGACUGGUCCUUCGGCCACUCGCUCAUCAGCUGCCAUGUGGAGCACCACCUCUUCCCCAGCCUCUCUGACAACAUGUGCCUGAAGAUCAAACCCGUUGUCUCCCAAUACCUGAAGCAGAAGAAGCUGCCCUACAAUGAGGACACCUACAGCUCCAGGCUCUGGCUCUUCCUUCAGAAAUACGAGGAGCUGAUGGUCCAUGCUCCCCCCAUAACGGAGCUGGUGGGCAUCCAGUGAGGACCUCGGGGGGCUGUUUCCCACAGGGACAUUCAGAGGGAUGGUUUGAGCAGGACCAACACCUCUGUGAAGUCGUGGUGUAGGAAACAUCCCUCCCUGAAAUCUUGCUUUUGGCUAGAAAAUGGUGCACAGUGCCACUGCAGGGGGAGAGCCAGGUGUUGCAACAACAGGGGCAGAAAAAUCAGGGUCCCCCCACAGUUAUUCCCAGGUUUAGUUUUUUCCACUCUGCUUUCACACUUGGGGAGAGGAAACCUCCCCCUUCCGUGGGGGAUGCAGCACCACAUCCAGGACAUCCCGGACUGAGAAGCACCAGGAUCUGUAGGACAGAGCUGCAGCUGUGUGGCUGGGGUGGCAGGGAAGGGGUGGAUGGUGGGGAGGGGGCUGUGUCACUGCUGUUUGUGCUUUGCCUGACUUUGGGAUUAAUCACACCCUUCUAGGAACAACGAUUUGGCAAAUUCAGCCUUAA